AUGCGAUCGAUCCACAAAAGGCCGUGUCCUGUUAAUCGUAAGCUGCUGAGAAUUUUUUUCUAUUUCUUUAUUAUUAAUUAUCAUAUUAUUCCGACCGUGACUUAUGUCAUCUCUGCACGAUAUGCGUCCACUCGUAUUCGGUGGUGGUUUGACAAACAUAUAUCCAUCGCCCUGCAAUUAUUGUUGUUGAUCGUCUUCGGCCGUCGCCGUGUAUCUCCGUACGUUUUGUCUUGAAAACAUGAUUGUCGAUAAAAAAAAUUACUGCAUUCAUGUUGUGGCAACCACAUGAUCGUUGUUUGAUAUGUUUUUCCAAAUAGCAGUAGAUUGCACGUUAUGUGCGUUUCAGAGCUGUGAACUAAAGGAUUUCAUUGAUGUCGUUAAAUAAUAGCAAUACUGAAAAAGAUAAAACAUGGUUAUUACAUAGCACGGCUGGUGCGUGCAGUGGAGCUUUUACUCGUUUGGCUUGUCAACCAUUUGAUGUACUCAAAAUACGAUUUCAGUUGCAAGUUGAGCCAUUAUCAACAAAUUCCAAUAACUCUAAGUACAAAUCUAUUCACCAAUCAAUUAGUCUUAUAUACAAAGAAGAAGGUUUUAAGGCAUUAUGGAAAGGUCUUUUACCUGGACAGUUCCUAUCAACUACUUAUGGAUUAACACAAUUUCUAGUCUUUCAAAAAACUCUGGCAUUACUAUCAACAACAGAAAAAGAAUUAAAUCAAACCUCUAGUGUGCAUUUUCUCUGUGGGGUUACAUCCGCCUCUGCUGCUACUUUGAUGUCAUAUCCAUUCGAUGUUGUGCGCACUCGACUAGUUGCUCAAAAAUCUAAUCAGGUCUAUGCAAAUAUGAGAAGUGUGGCCAUAUCUAUGUUUAGGAUGGAAGGUGUAUCUGCAUACUACAGAGGAUUUUUUCCUACUAUAAUGCAAAAUGCAUUACAAGGCGGAUUCUUGUUCAUGUUUUAUAACACAUUUUCAAAGUUGUCUUCUACUAAUACUAGUACUAAUACUCCUGUUCAUGACGACCGCAUAAAUACUGUUAAACAAUUUAGUUCUGGAUUUUUAGCGGGUGUAUCAGCAAAAACAAUUGUGUACCCACUAGACGUAAUAAAAAAACGGCUACAAUUACAAGAUUUUGUUCAUUCUAGGGAAGAUUUUGGCAAGAAAUUUAUGUGCAAUGGAUUAUUGGAUUGUAUCUAUGUGACAAUUAAAGAAGAAUCUUUUAAUGGUCUUUUUAAAGGGCUGUCUCCAUCAUUGAUAAAAGCUGGGUUUACAACUGCGUUACAUCUAACCCUUUAUGAACAAACCCUUAAGUUACUUCAAUCUUUAGUCAACAAUUUUUAGUUAAUAGCUUUAAAGUACUUUGAUUACCUUUUUUUAGAAAUAUAGUUUGGAAAUAAAUUACCAAAUAUCUGAUUUUUUUAA